AUGCUUCAGAGCCGUGACUAUAACGGGAGAGGGGGCUACGGUGGUAGAGGUGGCUAUUAUGAAGGAUCUAUGGUGGGGAAUUCUGUAGAUCAACGGUCAGGAGGCGAUGCAGGUACGGGCUUUAGGGCAGCCGGAACGAGAGGGGUAGGGGAGAUUGCGGGAGGAGCAAUAGGGGCACGUGGCAACCCCAGAUUACCCCACGUGGACUCGACAGGAGCGACAGCUGGCACGUUGGCAGGGGGAGGAGAGGAUCGGUCGGAUGGAGAGCAAUUGGGGAUGGGGGGAAGGAGAGAGGGUGGUGGGGAUGUUACGCCCUGGCAGCAGCGGUUCUCCGAUUCGACCCAUUCUGGCCCGGAGGCUCGGCUCCAAACCAACAUCUCCCAACCAGAGCUCUACCCGGUUCUCUUAGACGUGAUUCGUUACAACGAAGAAGCGCAACUCACCGCUGCUAAAGCGGGUCUGGAGCCUCCCAAGGCGUCCAGAGGGCCGGCGUGCCCGGUGUUUGAGUUUGGGUUUGAGCGGUUCCCCGGGAUUGGGUCGUGCUGGGAGGCGGGGAUUGCGGAUGAGAAGCGGGCGGCGACGCGGCCGCCUGUGAACUGCAAGGGGGUGGACCCGACGUGCAUUCAGAAGAACGACCUGCUGCCUCAUAACAAGUGGUCCGCUCAGGUCCUAGUUCUCCGUAAUGUGUAUAUAAACGUGGUGGGGCAGGUAUUCAACUCAACACACAUAUUCGACCACAACGCGUGCGCCGGCAGUCCCAACAUCACCGUCACGCUGCCCUUCCGCUACGCCGCCAACCGCACGCGUGUCACCCACUUCAAAGAGCUCGUCUCCCUCGUAGACUGGUUCGCCUGGUCCACCCGCGCCAUGCUGCUCGACCUCAUACCGCUCUUUAUCUCUCUGCACCGCAUUCUGCCGGCCAUGAGGGGCGUGCCGGUGGCGGUGGGGCACAGGCGGCCGCAUGUGAGGAAUGGAUUGGAGCAGCUGUGCUCGCUGGGAGCGGUGGACGUGCUGGGAGUGCAGGUGGACAAAAUGAACGUGCAUGUGGUGAAGGCUAAAGACUUGUUCUUUGCGGAGAAGCUUGUCAUUCCGCUGCACCAGCGGUGUGGGGAGCCCAGCCGCUCUCUUUGGCACUAUCUGCGAAUGAGACACCUGUUGCCACCCGGGGGGCUGCCCAUCUUCAAUGCUGGUGGUAUGGGCGGGGCGAAGGUUUCAGAUUCAGGAUCUGAGGAUGAGGUGUUUGCCCUAAAAGUAUUCACAGCAUGCGUUUCUUUUACCACCACAUCCCACAUGCGCGCCAUCCCACCAGACUGGACGUCCAGGUUCAAAGGAUCUGCCACUCCGGCCUACACACCGCACGCCUAUGCCCCGGGGAGCAACUGGGUGGUGCUGUUGGGAUGGAAGGAGCAGCGCGCAUCUCUCCUCCAAAGCCUCAAACUCCACGAGCACCUCACACGCCUCUUCCCCCCCGAGCGCGUCGUCAUCUACCGGGAGGGCUCCAUCUCCCUCCCGCGCCGAAAAGACCUGCUCAACCGCGCGCUCCUCAUGGUAUCAGUGCAUGAUAAUAUCCUUGCAGAUAUUGUCUUCAUGCCGCCCGGAUCGGCCGUGCUGGAGAUUCGCCCGGUGGAGAAUCCGGACGUGAUCUUCCACCAGCUGGCGGAUAUCUGCGAGAUUGAGUAUUAUUUGGCGUUUUGUGAGGGGGGGAAAGCGGUGGGGAGUGCGGCGGGCGGGUGGGCUGGGAAGCCCGUGGAAGGGAAUUUGGUGGCUAAAGAUCCAAAGGGGGUGCAGAAAAUGUUGACUGAUAUUUCUAGGAAGGUGUUUGCACGAGCAAAUGCAAUGAGACGGAAGGGAGGGUAG